AACCUCAUCCAGUCCGGCAUGGUCAUGAACGCCGCGCGGAGCCCCUACCACGGCUUCAUCUACGUCGCCUUCCAGGAGCGCGCCACCUCCAUCUCCCAUGGCAACACGGCGCGGCGCGCCAAGGAGCAUGGCGACCUGUCGCUCGCGCGUAUAUGCGGCGCCAUCGCCGCCGACGAGAAGCGCCACGAGCUGGUCUACACGCGCAUCGUGGGGAAGCUGUUCGAGAUCGAUCCGGACGGCGCCGUGCGCGCGCUCGCAUACAUGAUGCGUCGUCGGAUCGUCAUGCCGGCGUCCCUUAUGACCGACGGCCGCGAUAGCGACCUCUUCAGCCAAUACGGGGCGGUGGCGCAGCAGGCCGGCAUUUACACUGCCUCCGACUACCGUAGCAUUUUGGAGCAUCUCAUAAAUCAGUGGGGAGUGGAAGAGCUGGUGGCCACCGGGCUCUCCGACGAGGGUAGGCGUGCGCGGGACUAUGUGUGCGCACUCCCACGAAAAAUCCGAAGGUUGGAGCAGAAGGCCCACGAACGUAAUGACAAGAAGGCCCGGCCCACAGCAUCCAUCCCAUUUAGCUGGAUCUUUGAUAGGCCCGUCAACAUCACCAUGGCCUAAUAAAAUUAUCUCUUACCCUUAAAAUAUUUAAAUAAAUUCUACUAUGAAAAAUAAACCGCCAUUUCUCGAUGCUAUAUUUUGGAGGAAUUAAACAUUAUUCAUCUAUAGUUUGCCAUUGCAAAUGGCGCCGUCAAAAGUACUAUAUCAUACUGUUACAUUAGUAUUGUACUACAUAUUAUUAAAAGUGCAAUUUCUUUGUAAACUAUGUGCAAAUUCGUUGUCAUUAUUUGUUUUCUUUUCCAUUUUUUUACUUAAGGGGUAAUAACCGCUAAU